AUUUGAUGCUAUUGUUGGAUGCCGAAACCGAAGAAUUUACUGAGAAAAGAAAACAACCCGGACUAAUCCUGACAGUCCAUUCGGACAAUGCAGAGCCGGAUGUCCAUACAGACGGUAUAAAAAUUGAACCUGGAUACUUAUACGACAUCGGAGUGCAACAAAGCAUUACAAAACUUUUACCCCGCCCUUACGCUACAAACUGCACCAAUUUCUCUCAGCUUCCAUGGGUUUCGGACGACGUCGAGCUCUCUCCAAGGCUUUGUUCUGUUCGAUGUUCUCAACACUUCCAGCUUAAAAAAUGUGGUUAUGUCACUGAAAGACUUAGUUUAUUUUAUCGUCAUUUACCCUGGGAUGCUAAGAAGAUUACGCCAGACCAGAAGAAAUGUGCGCAAGAUAUUGAAGACUUAAAUAAAGGUUAUUGUACAUCGCUUUGUGGUCUUCCUUGCGAAGACAUUCGUUUUGAAGUAGCUGUAAGCACAAACCAUUUAACGGAAAACGAUGUGGCCCAAUUCUAUACAGAUGAUAAGAAAAAAGUUACUCUUCAAAAUAGAAUGCGGCAACUGACAUUAGUGAGGAUCUACUACAAGGCCAUCGAACGGAAAAUUUAUGAGCAUGUGCCACAGUAUGACAAUCUUGAACUGUUUAGCUCUUUAGGAGGAUACAGUGGAAUUUGGUUGGGAUUUUCUUUACUCAAUUUGUGUGAAUUGCUGGAAAUCAUCGUUGCCACUCUAAAAUUUGCUUUGUCAAAAUGGGACAGAAAAUUAGAUGCAGAAGAUACAUCCAAGCCCUUUCAUACUCUGGCUUCAAAAAAACUUUUCGUCGAAGCUUAUGCCGGAAAAACUCUCUUUCCUCAUAUGAAGCCUAAAAUAGUCUUUUUAAAAAGACGAAAGAAGCUUGAAACUUAAUGCAAAGUUAAUAGAAACAUGUGUAAGUAAAAUCAUAGUGAUAGGUUUAAUAAGAUAUGGUUGUUAAGUACGAACUGUAAAUUUUACAAAAGUGCAAUUAAUGUAAUAUACACUGCA